AUGCUCACGGCGCACCGGCGGAAGUCGGUCAUCGUCCAGCAAAUGGCGGACUUUGUCCCGGUCACCGAGCUGCCAGACGAUGUGCAUUGGUGGGAAGCCCGCGCCCGCGUCGUACAGGAGUGGCUUCGCGCCAACCCCUUGCGCAUCGGUCUUCCGGACGACGGGACCAUCGAGACCAUUACGCAGCAGCUCACACGUGGCGACAAGUACAUUCACGUUCGCGUCAAGGCAUGGAAUCACAUUGUCACGGAGCUACAAGGCAUUCCUGGCGUCUGUGAGAAAUUUGCCACGUUCGAGACCAGCCCCGAGCUGCCGAUGGCGACCGUGGUCGUUGACGACGAGGACGACGACGAGCAAGCAAGCCACGCCUCGUCGCCGCUGAGCGACACGACGACAGACGAGCCAGCGCAGAUCGACGGCGUCGUGCCACUGCACCCGGCAAGUCCCUUUCGUGGAAAACUGCACCCGACCAAAGCGAAGUCGCUGCACGAGCCCGCCAAGGACGACGUGUCCGUUCUCGCGCCUGCAACCAAUCAAACCGACAAGCCCGACGCGCCCCGAAAAUCGAUAGCUCAAAUGUCCAUGAUGGAGCGCCAAGAAGAGUGGCUGCGCAAAAAAGCAGAAAAAGCCGCCGCCGAAAAACAGCGCCAAUUGGACGAAGCCGAGAAGGAGCUCACGUUCCAGCCGAGUUUGGUCAAAAAACCCAAAGCACCCGACACGGACGGUGCCAACUCGCCCCGAAAACUCCAGCGGUCCAAGUCGGCCGGGCGCGCCCGCAAAUCCUCGGCGCUGUCCAAAGACAAGUCGAUUGUCAUGCUCAAACCUGGCGCCAAGUCGGCCACUUCGAAAUCGCUCUUGGAUUCCGUCAAGUCGGAGCUGGCCGCGUCGACGUCGAUACCCGUCAAGCCCCCUACCAUGACAGCCACUAUCAGUGCCAAGCUCGAUGUUGCGGCGACGACACUCACGCCGUCCGUCGUCGUCGUCGCCAAAGACGCGCCCAAAGGCGAUGUCGACGUCCGCGUGUCGCAGUUUGACGCAUUGUCGAGCGACGUCAAAGGCCGGUUUCAGCUCCAGGACCCGGCACUGUUUGAUUUAACGUCCAUUUACCGCAAAAAAGACAAGUACGCGCGCGUCGACGGCGUGUGCUUGCAGAUGGGCCGGCGCGACGACACGCACGACGAGCAGUUGAUUGCAGUCCUCUUUGAUCGCGACAAGUUUACGAGUGAAGCGAUGGCGCAAGCGUGGUUUAAUGAUCACAAGGCGCGUCUCCAGUCGUACAUGUGA